ACUGGACUGUCUGACUCGAGGCUGACACGCAGCACCGAGGUGAUCGGUUGACUCACGAUGGAGACGCUCUCACACACACAGGUGGAUUCCAAAAAUUCCAAGCGGACUCCUGAAAUGGCCUUGGAGGACUCGUUGAAGGAAUGCACCACCGCCCUGGAGCUUUUUCUCAACAACAGAUUUGCUGAUGCACUGGCUCUUUUGAAACCCUGGAAAGAUCAGAGCAUGUACCACGCGAUGGGCUACAGCAGCAUUCUGGUGAUGCAGGCAGGGAUGACUUUUGACUCCAAAGAUAUGAACGCCGCUAUGUCAUCGCUGAAUGAGUCCCUGCAGACGUGCCAGAGAUUCCGAAAGAGAACCGGAAUAAUGGAGUCUCUGGCCAGCUUCUGGUAUCAACAGUCAACUGAAAGUUUCACUGAAGAGGAGAUGCACGCAGAGCUGUGUUAUGCGGAGGUGCUGCUGCAGAAGGCCGCCCUCACCUUCUUGGGGGAGAGUAUUAUCAGCUUCAUCAAAGGCGGAAUGAAAAUCCGAAACAGCUACCAGAUCUACAAGGAAUGCCAAGCCAUGGCAAAGGUGGCGAGAGUGGAAAACAAGAGCUUGCGCAAUCACUUCACCGGCGGUGUCAGCAUGGGGAUCGGCUCCUUCAAUCUGAUGCUGUCUCUGCUGCCGUCCAGAGUCCUCAGGCUGAUGGAGUUUUUGGGGUUUUCAGGAGACCGGGAGCUGGGUCUGUCUGAGCUGCGGGAAGGAGCGGCCAGCACCAAUCUGCGCUCCAUUCUUUGUACCUUGACGCUUCUGAUGUUUCAUCUCUACAUUUCAGUGAUUCUAGGCACCGGUGAAGCGAACCUCACUGAGGCUGAGAGCCUCUUGGCGCCGUACGUUGAUAGGUUCCCUAACGGGGCGCUAAUCCUCUUCUAUGUCGCGAGAAUUUCUCUGCUCAAAGGGAACUUCACAUAUGCCCAGGAGAAGUUCCUCGCGUGCAUUGCUGCGCAACAGGAGUGGUGUCAGAUUCACCACCUGUGUUACUGGGAGCUGAUGUGGGCCUACUCUUUUGAGCAGAACUGGAAGGAGGCGUACCGUUAUGCUAACCUGCUCUGCAAGGAGAGCAAGUGGUCUCAGGCAGUUUAUUUGUUCCAGAAAGCGGCAAUCCUGAGCAUGCUGCUUGAAGAGGAAGUCAUCGCACUGGGCGAAAAUGUGUCCGAGCUUUUCAGACAGGUGGAUGGUUUGAGGCUGAAAAUCGCCGGCAAAUCGAUACCAACAGAGAAGUUUGCAGCGAAAAAGGCCCAGCGAUAUUCCUCUUCCAGCCCGGGGAAGCUGGUUGUUCCUGCCCUGGAAAUGAUGUACGUGUGGAAUGGCUUCGCCAUCGUUGGGAAGAGGGAAGAUUUGACCAAGAACAUUUUGUGUACCUUGGAGAAGGCUGAGGAGGAGCUGGAGCAUGAGCCAAAUCCGUCUGUGUAUCACUUGGAUGACAAGUGCGUAGUGCAGCUGCUGAAAGGCUUGUGUCUGAGACAGUUGGGACGACUGGUCCAAGCGGAGGCCUCCUUUAACUACGUUAUAUCAUGUGAAAGUGAAAUCAAGCAUGACAACUAUUUGGUGCCGUUUACGAUGUACGAGCUGGGUCUGUUGCACAAGCAAAAGGGCGACUUCGAGAAGGCCAUCUCCGUCAUGGAAAACAUCAAGAUGAACUACAAGGACUACAACAUGGAGUCAAGGUUACAUUUCCGCAUCCAUGCAGCCUUGAACACCAUGGGCUCCUUCACAUCCAAGCUGCCCCCCUCACGUAUGCCAGCGUAAACGAUACCUUGCCAUUUCUGGUUUACAUGGUGCACCACUCAGUUUUGAAAAUGACCAAUUUUACUCUCGACACUUGUGGGAACAAUGACAUCAAUGUAAUAUCAAAAAUGUUAAGGGUAUAAAUAGAAGUGUUUUAAAUUUAUUGUCUUGAAUA